AUGUCAGGAGUGCAAGGAGCUCAUCCGCCGGAGUCGAAGACGCCGACGACGUACGAGUCGGUCGCCGGAGGGGAGAACAGGACGAGGACCGACAUUCGCUCGAGGGAGGACGAGGGGAUGAUACAGGUGGAUAAACUCCAGGACAAGGUUGGAGACGACCCUUUCGAAGUCGCCGGCGUCAACCCUGUGUUUGGUCCCGGCGGCGAGGACGAGGAUGACGGUGAGGAAAAGCGCGACUUGGGGGUCACCGGCACCGCCUGA